UGUCAACCUGUCAACUUCAAAAUUGCAAUAAAAAAUUAAAAAAUAAAAACAUUGAACAUUAUAAACAUACAUAAGUCUACUUACGUUACAUUUGAGAAUUCGAAAAGGAUAUUUAGAGUAUGGUUUAUUUUAAGUUUUUUCCAUAGAUACGUUCUAUGAUACUAAUAAUAAUAUCUAAUUGAAUUGAAUUGCAUUUCGAUAACUUAUUUCACAAAAUGGAGCAUCUGGCCAAGGAUUUAACGAAUGCUCUCGAAGAAUCCGAGUCUUGUGGCCCUAUGAAUUUCGACCCAAAUAUCAAAUGGGGCUUACGGAGAAGAACCCGCUCAGCAGGAAACUUGCAUUUUUUUCUUAAUAAAUCUGGCGACAAUAGAUCAGAUGAUAGUAGUAGUUCUUACUCGGAGGUCCUAAACAGAGGUGACGAGAAUGGUAGAAACAAGGUGGUUAGCUUUCACCAAAGUGAUUCCGAUGAUUUGAGUUUCAAAGUGAUGGGAUCUGAUUCAUUAAGAAUGCGAAAUCCCUUGCAACCUUUUCUUAGGGGUCGAUAUAAUAAAUUAGUGGUUUGCCACAGCCUCGAAAGUGAUUCGUUCAAUGAACACUCUCCUGCAAGGCCUAGUUUUCGUAGAAAACGUAAAUUGAAGAGAAUGCUGAUUGAAGAAACACCUAUACCACAGUGUGGAAAAAGAAAGAGAUCACAAAAACUAGAUAUCCUUGAGAAUGGUCACAUCAGAAAUGGAAACAAAAUAAAGCCUUUACAUAAGAGUAUUGUUGACAAGAUUGAGAAGUUCUGCAAAAAGCCAGCCAUAGAUGAUGCAAUGUCAAUGGAAGUACAAAGUAUCGACGAUAAUUUCGACAUUGCUAGUGAAAGCAGCCUUAGCUGGAGUGGAGGUGAAGGUCAUGAAGGCGACGACGAAUUGACUGAUUGGGCGCCAUCAGCUGAAACACCAUCAGAGCCAUCGUACCUCUCAGAGUAUGAUCCGAGAGAGAUAAGAGCAGGUUGUAGACGACUGGGAGACGAACGUCCAGGCUUCAGCAUUGUCACAAACGCUAACGAGCGUGUUGCUAAAUUUUUACAAGACAGUUCCAAAUCAGAGCUCAAGUUAUUUGGUGGGGAGAAAGAUAAAAUCAGGCAGUUGGCUAAUCUCUACUCUUUAGACCUAUGGUCUGACGGGGCAAUGUCUACUCUUUUACGCAAAACUAAUAGAACACCUUGUAUGCAACCUACCCAAAGGCACCAUAGCAGUUUCUCAUCUGGCCACAAAAGGAUAAGGGUACAUGCACAUGCCAAAUAGUGCGAUCAAUAUCAUUCCUUCUCCAAUUUGGAUUAUAUCCAUAUCAACCUUUCAAGGAUAUGAAAGUGAUUUUUUGUUCGUAAUAUAACCUGUAUAUUUUAAUUUUCUCUUUCUAAAGGUCCUUAAAAAUGAGCUGAAAGAGUCUUCUUAGAAAAACAAUCAUGUUCAACAUAAUAUCACAUUUAGCAGAUACUUUUUUAAUUUGGAGAUAUGGGUUCACCUGACAUUUUAUACAUUGACAGAUAUUUACAUGAAAUUAUUGAGCCAAAUAUUGGCGCUUUCUCAACAUUUCACACAUUAUUUUUAGAAAAACGUUUAUUUUUCACAAUUACAUAUAAUAUUUGGAAAGUACUAACCUAUGAGGCAUAAAUGAGAUUGUGGUGGUUAAUGAACACAUAUUUGACUUUUUCCAGUCAACAAUUGGAAUUUCUUAAUGAAUAUUGAAAACUAAGCAAGGCAUAAAACAAAAAUGCCAGUGUCAGGACAUUGGGUUAUGCCCUUUUGAAUAUUUGGUUGAUGGUGCUAUUGAUGAUUUCAUUCCAUGAAAUAUAUAUGGAUCAUUCAAAAAUGGAGAUUUGAUCAAUAUAAUUCAAUUUUAUCAGAUCGGUAUUCACUUUGUCUAGUCAGGAAAUUAUAGGUUAUGUUAAAUUGUUGAGACAGUUAAUUUUGUAACUAUGUAUGUACUUUAGCUAGUUAGAUGCUCCUUAAUAUAUUCUCUUAUUGGUU